UGGAGGCGGCGAGCUCUGCCACAUUCACUAAGCGAGUGUCAGAAGCACGGCAGGAAACGGUACCUUCAGUCAGUCAGCACCUGUCAUCAUGAAGAGGGCUGUUGUGUUCAUUUUCGUAGCCUGCUGUGCUGUCUCAGCACUGUCAUUGGCGGAAGACGCGAAGGAUUCCAAACCCCCUGCCACCGUGUCCCCCGCAGGGCAGUUUAGCCCCUCGACAGCCAUCAGCCAGGACACUACAACUGUCACCUCCAAUUCUACAACCCAAACAGCCAAUGCCACAACCCACGCCCCCAGUACUACAGCCCACGCCCACAAUGCUACAACCCAUGCCCCCAGUACUACAGCCCACGCCCACAAUGCUACAACCCAUGCCCCCAACGGUACAACCGCGACCACCAAGAUGACAACCACCACAACUACAGCCAAGACUACAGUCCAACCUUCUCCUCAACCAACUCCACCCACCAACUUGACUGUAGGAAACUACAAACUAAUGAUGAAGGAUAAAGUUUGCCUGAUGGCUCAGAUGGCGCUGCAGAUCCGAUUGGUUUCACCAAAGGUCAAUGGAACCUUCAUUGUUCAGCCAAACCUGACCAAAGCAGAGGGAGGUUGUGAGGAAACCAAAGCCAACCUUACCCUUACCUUCAAAGAGGGCUACAUCACCUUCCUGUUCAACAAGAGCGCCGCUGAAAAUACCGUCUACGUUGAUGCUCUGUCUUUUAAAAUCUCCUACGCCUUCACCAAAGGACCUACAGAGUCAUACACUGCCAGCAACAACACCCUGCAUCUGUUCCCUGCAAAGAUCGGACACUCCUACUCCUGCAAGAGUGAACCUAUCUACACGGGCCAUGGACUGUUCCUGGAUGUCAAUCAAGACAGGAUGCAGGCCUUCAAUCUGACAAAGGACAUAGAAUUUGGCUUUCCUGACCACUGUCCCGCUGACCAGCCCAGUUACCGCGUCGCCAUUGCGGUGGGAGUGGUGUUGCUGGUGCUCAUCGUCAUCGUGGUGGUGGCCUACCUGCUGAGCCGCAGGAAGAGGACGGACGGCUACCAGACUCUGUGAGGCGGGCCCCGUCAGAGGUCGGAAAAGAGGUCGACCAGAGGUCACGCCCAUCACAAACCACCUCACGGUUUCAUUCGUUUUCCGUCCUGCAAUUGAUUUAACAUUUAAAAGACGUCUAAGCAUGCGUGUCGCCUAAAAGUUAAACCACAGAGCAGCGAACAGAGAGCUCCGAUUGUGCUGCCCACACGUGACCUGGUCUCGGACUUGGAGAUUUAACUUUCAGCUGACAUGCUGCUUAAACAGUUUUAGGCUGAAUUCAAGCACUAAAACACAAAACAAAUUGGCGGAUACGACAGGCAGAAGUAAUUAAAUGGAAUAACAGAAAGUUUUUUUGUUUUUUUUUUAAAUCAAAUAAUUUUUGUUUUAAAAAAAUCAGUUCAAUAUUUAAAGAGACAACAAGGAAACAGUUAUCAGUUAUAAAAAUUUAAAGACGUUCUUUGACUUUUAGUAUGAUGUGAUUAAUCUUUAGCUUUUGUAUUGUUCUAAUACUUUGCUGCAGUAAUAUGUUUUUUCUUUUUUUCUUUUUUUUUUUAAACAUGCCAGUAGCCAAUUUUAAAAUUGCCAAGUCGCAAAAGAGCCUGACCCCAGAAUAUUCUCGUCAUCAUGGUGGACGAGUCUCUGACACAGAAUUGUUUUAUUGGCGCACUAAAAAUGAUGAGACUGAUAGUGUGAAACUGAUAGUAACACAUUUAUACAAACUGACAUCAAGAAUACGGAAGUAAAAACUGACUCAUCAAUAGUUUUUUUUUUUUUUUUAAAUAACAGACAUCCAGUGAAUUAGUGCUUAUUUCUGUGAUUUUAUAUUCAAUAUCUGAUAAAAGACUGAUGUUGGCUCCUUUUUAUCAGUCUAACCUCACAUUCAUGAUGUGAUCUGACUGUACAUACAUUUGACAUGUAUAAUGUCCUUGUGCGCGUUAGCAUUACGUUUAGCUUUUUAGCUAAUCAGAUCUUGUGUAUUCGGUCAUCCAGGGAUUUUAUUUUUAAAAAGAAGGGAAGUUAUCCAAUCACAAACGUUACAGGUGAUUAUACUUUUGCAUUAUUGAUCUUUAUGAGGGAUUGUUUAUGCCUUAUCAAUUGCACUGAACGCUUUUCCAACCGAUUACCUUUACCUUUUUAAUACUGUAAUGUAGAUGAUGCUGUGUUUUCAUAGAAAUGCAAGGAAGGUGCAUCCACGUGGGACAGUCUGAUCCUGAUUAGGGAUUUUAGUACGUUCAUCACAUCACAGGAGUCCACCCCCACCCCACCCCACCAAAUCUACUCUGAUACGCUUCACUACACCAAAAGGGAUACUCUGACAUUUUGAUAAGCUUCGCAGCGUGUUCGCAGCUACUGAACGAACCCUGUGCUGAGGCUGUGUUUGCAGCUGCUGUUUGCGAGGCUAAGAAUGAACCUUGAACCUCAGAUACUGUGUUGCGUUCAGGUACUAGACCAACAAAGUGGUGCAACAAAGGAAAUGAAUAUGGAACCAAAGGUUCAGUUCAACCAAAUUACAGAGACCUGCUGUAAUUUGUUAGCUCUGCUGGUAUCUAUAACAUGCAUAAAAGCAAAACUAUCUGCAUGAUACCAAAAGAGGGAAAAGAAAGUGUGUGUGAACUGGUUCGUGGUGGCGUAGUGGGGGGAGUGGACUGCCUGGACCGUGUGUGACUGUUUACAGUUAUUUCCACAGUCGGUGAUUGUUAUAGAUCACUAACAAUCACAGACUGUGCAGAUGUUCCUCAGUGACUGUCAGCUUCUGAAAGCCGUUGUAAUCUAGUCCCGUUGGAGUCUCAUUGAACCUGAAGAAGGAUCAGACCUGCUGCUCAAAGCCGCAGUUCCGGAUUUUGUCCACCGAGUGGUGCUGUGAAGCAAAGAAGGGAACUGAAAUGAGGGACCAUGAUGCAUGUAGACUUAUCCAUCCACAGUGUAUGUGAGCACUUUUACCUGUUGUUAACUUCAUGUGCCAAUAAAAAUAGAUAUAUUCCUAA